CCGCCGUGCGUGUCCUGCCUUGUGCUCGCCAGAAUCUAGGACGGGUGGCCGCGAGUUGGCCGCCUGGCUGAACCUGACUGCUGAGUGGAACCGUGCUGACCACCCCUUCGAUCUCUUUCUCAUCACAGAGAAUGUGGUGCAAACUCCAGGAGACUUGAGCCUCAAGGCUUUCUGUCUGGACCCAGCGUGGUUGCAGUCCUGCACUUUCUGGCUUGCAGGAGGUCAAAGGAAAGCACGCAGGCACACAGAAACUAGGCUGUGCCCAUGGGCGAGGCAGUCGGUGCUGAGGAGGCCAGCCGGCACAUUGGAACUAAAGAAGAAUUUGUUAAAGUCAGAAAGAAGGACCUGGAGCGGUUGACAACUGAAGUGAUGCAAAUACGGGACUUCUUACCCAGAAUACUAAAUGGGGAGGUACUGGAAAGCUUCCAGAAGUUAAAGAUUGUAGAGAAAAACCUUGAAAGGAAAGAACAAGAAUUAGAGCAGCUGAAGUUGGACUUCGAACACUUCAAAGCCCGCCUGGAAACUGUGCAGGCCGACAGCGGGAAGGAGAGGAAGGAGAAGCUGGCUCUUCGACAACAGCUGAUUGAAGCCAAACAGCAGCUCCUACAACAGGCCGAGUAUUGUACAGAAAUGGGAGCGGCCGCCUGCACCCUCCUGUGGGGUGUCUCCAGCAGCGAGGAAGUUGUCAAAGCCAUCCUGGCUGGAGAAAAGGCUCUGAAGUUCUUCAGAAUCACCGGUCAGACAAUGGAGAGUUUUGUGAAGUCAUUGGAUGGCGAUGUUAAAGAGCUGGAUUCUGACGAAAAUCAGUUUGUUUUUGCACUGGCUGGAAUUGUAACAAAUGUUGCUGCCAUAGCAUGCGGUCGUGAAUUCCUGGUUAAUUCCAGUCGGGUGCUCCUGGACACCAUGUUACAGCUGCUGGGGGACUUGAAGCCAGGACAGUGCACCAAACUCAAAGUGUUAAUGCUGAUGUCCUUGUACAAUGUGAGCAUCAAUUCCAAAGGCUUGAAAUACAUCAGUGAGAGCCCAGGAUUCAUCCCUUUGCUGUGGUGGCUUCUAAGUGAUCCAGAUGUAGAGGUGUGUCUCCAUGUACUGCGGCUCAUCCAGUCUGUGGUUCUGGAACCAGAAGUCUUCUCCAAGUCAGCCACUGAGUUCCGGAACUCUCUACCUCUGCAGCGCAUCUUGGCCAUGUCGAAAAGCCGCAACCCGCACCUGCAGAGCGCCGCCCAGGAGCUCCUGGACGACCUCCACACCCUGGAGCGCAAUGAGUAGGUGCGCUCAGUCCCAGGGGGUCUGGGGACGUGCCUGUGUCCCACUCUCCCCAGUUCCUCAGUGUGUAUCCAAGCCAUCUCCAGGUGCUGUGUGUUAGAGAUGGCCCGGAGGGUGAC